AAGAGGAAGAAAAUAACACUCAAUAAACGAUCAUGCUGGGAUUGAUCUUUCGUGGCGUCUUUCUCAUCGGUAUACUCACCUGGUACAGCACCAGCGUGUGGAAAAUGAUCGACGGCUACUUCAAGGAUCAGUUUCGAAGCUACUUGGAGGAAGAGUAUCGAAAGAAUCCGCGAAUGAGAUCCGACGUGCAGAGUGGCUCGGCCGAUAAGAUCGAUCCCGUUUCGACCACGCCACGCCCCGAUCCAUCAGUGGCGCCGCGACGAGAGAUUCUCGAACUUAACGAAACGUUGACGGUCGAAGCUGCAGGAAAUGACACAAUUCGAUGGGACGAGGGGCAACGAGUGACAGGUGGCACCAGUGAAAACGAGGCCGACACAGGGGGAUCUAUCGAUAAAAAUACAUUCCUAGAAACGAUCGUGGAAUCGGGGCUGGAAAGUAGUAAGUCGUCCGAGAACGAACAGGAUUCUCGACAGCCUAUUAAUCACAAUGACCGUGACCUCGAACCUCGUCACGAGAACGACGAUCGUCAUCGAUCAGUCUCCCAGCUGUCUAAGAACUCGAUGAAAGGAGUUCAAUUCGACAAAAGAGCAACCGUUUCUAGGGACAUUUCACGUGAGAAAAAGUCGUCCAAGAAGCGAAAUGUGAAGACGAUCACGUUGACGGAGAAGGAUUUUAAAUCGGUUAUCAGGAAUCAUGUAUCUAAUGACGAUUUCUGGGAAUUCGAGGAGGAUGCGGAUGAGAAGGAGCCGUUGGAAGGCAUUUUGGUCUCUCAGUUGUCCUAUAAACCGAGAGCCGAUAUAGGGAAUUUGGAAAGGAUCAGUGCGGAUGAGUAUUGUCCUCUGAGCUUGGAGGACGAAGCUUCUUGCGAUGAAACGUUUAAGUGGCCUUGAAAAUUUAACGAUAAUUUAGGAAGUUUAAUAAAUUUAAUAUAAAUUUAAUAGAAUGUAACGUAUUUAUGUGAAACAAGUAGAGAGGAAAAUUAGUUAAUAUUAGAUAUUUCGGAUGUAGAUGUAUUGGAUUGCUGGAGAAAAUAUUGAAACAUUUCGCAAGUAUCGCAGCUAUAUUAGAAUGACUCAUUGUUAAUAAAUGUAUCGAUUUUCAUGCAAAAGGUCAUGAAUAUAUUUUGAAUAUAUUAGUACAAAUUUUAAUUUUUUAAUAUAUGCAAUUUUAAUAUAUGCAUUAAUAUCUGGAUUCCUUAAAAUAUAUCCUUAAGAUGAAACUUAAUAAUUGUUCGUAUCUUCCUGUUAAAAGAUUUUAAAAUCUAGUUGAAUUAUCAUUAUUUUAGCAUAUUUAUCAAAUUUAGAAUUUCAUUAAAAAAAGUGAUUGAUAUCACAGAAGUUGAAUAAUGUUAAAUAUUUUAAAUAUUAAGUUAAAAAAAAAAAACAACUUUGCAAGCAAAAGUAGAAUUAAUAGAAUUUCGUGUUAAUAUUUCCUUUCCUAAAAUUUCGAAUGAAUACUUUGAAAAUAUAUCCCCAUUUAAAAGUUGAAAAAUUUUAUUAAAAAAAAUAUCUAUAUACUCGAAACUCUUAUUUAUCUAUACUCGCAUUUCUAUUUAAAAAUUAAGAAAUUUUAUUAAAAAAUAUCUUUGAUUAAGCUAUUAUAUAUCGUAUAAUUUCUCGAGUUAUGACUAUGCAUUAUUCGCAACAAAAGAAACCGUUGAAAAUAAACAUCAUCGAUGAACAAUAAUUUCACGGUCCCUCAUUUUUACGCGAUUUAAAAAAAAAAAAAGAAAGAAAGAAAGAAAGAAAGAAAGAAAAAAGAGAAGAAUCGUUUUAUAAAUAAGAAUGUAGACAUAAUACAUCAAAGGUAUAUUGACUUCUUGCUCGAUCGAAGAAAUCUCGGCAGGAGAUUGCAAAAUGUGCCUCGUCACUUCAAGUGCACAAUGCUAUUCCUCUUUCGACGAAACUUCUCGAGCUGUGAAAGAAGUCUUCUUUCCCGAAACUUCAUCGCGAUUAACGACAUUGCUUUCACUAUUAAUCAUGUGUGCAAUUAUGAAAAGAAACGAGAUGAUUUAGGUCAAUGUUAACUGCCCCAAGUUUCCGGUGCUGACGAAACUUCAAAGGUACGAAAAAAAAAAAAAAAAAAAAG